AUGACACUAUGGAGAGAUUGCGGAGUAGGAGAGUUCCAGUGUAACAACGGACAUUGCAUACAGAAGAGCUACUUGUGUGAUGGAUUUCGGGACUGCUUAGAUUCAGCUGAUGAAACCAAUUGUACCUAUGGCUGUAUGGAUAAAUACCACGACAAUUUCGUAUGUGACAACGGUAACUGCCUUCCAUCAACCUUUCGAUGUGAUGGCUAUAUAGACUGUGACGAUCUUUCUGAUGAAACGAACUGUAAUAACACAGAGUUCUGUGACGAACAGCUGGAAAACUAUCGUUGUGUAUACACCGGAGAAUGCUUUCCGAUCGCCCUCAGAUGUGAUUUGCACGAUGAUUGUGGUGAUGGAUCAGACGAGAUCAACUGCGGUACAACUCAGCCAUCUGCAACAACGGAGCCGAAAACAAACAUUCCUACAUCUACCACAUCAACAACUGCAAUGAAUUGGCCGUCAACUUCCGAGUGGACUGAAAGUGCCUCCUCUACCAUACAUAAUUGGGAAACCAACACACAGAAACCAACUGACCAAACAACUUACCUAACAAAAAAGGGUACAACUGGGUCAUCACCGACAACAGAACCAACAUCCACUAACCCGACCACGACGAUCUCGACAACUAAAAUGAAUUGGCCGUCAACUUCUGAGUGGACUAAAAGUGCCUCCUCUACAAUACAUAAUUGGAAAACCACCACAGAGAAACCAACGGACCAAACAACUUACCUAACCACAAAGGGUACAACUGAGUCAUCACCGAUAACAGUACCAACAUCCACCAACCCGACCACGACGAUUUCAACAACUGAAAUGAAUUGGCCGUCAACUUCUGACUUCACUAAAAGUACCUUCUCUACAAUCGACAACAACUUCUCCAACAACUAA